GGAAGGAGGAGGAGGAGGAGGAGGGGUGUAAGCGUCAUGGGGUUACCCUGGGAGGAGUGGGUGAGGGAGGUGCGUGAUGGAAAAAGGGAAGGAAAAGGUUGGACGCGUUGUGUGAGGGGGUUGCCAGUGGCAUUGGUUGCCGUGUGGCGUUGGAUGAGGAUGGUUUAAGAUGUCGCAGGCAGUGAACUUGUUGCAAUCGGGAGUGUGGUGGUUACGGAUUGAUGGCGCGGACCUGGAAAGGACAGCACGGGAGCAGGGUACGACACCACGUGCGUACAGUACCUGCAGGCGGCUUGCUGGAAGUCAUGAGAUUACGCGGCGAAACGGGAGGAAGCAGGCAUGCUGAGUGGUGGUGUGAGGGUGGGGAUCAGGUUAUCGUAGGAGCCAAGUCGGGCGGUACGACAUUAGCCAGCUGCCGACGCUACGAAUUCCUCUACGCCUUACAUUCAGCUUACACUUGCACAUAGCAUCAAUUGCAAAUGUACAGAAGUCAGUAAUAUAGGAUAGGAGAAAACCAAGGAAACAGCUCGCAUGGUUUGACGUUAAGGCCAUGGACUGGCAGAACGUAACUUUUGACGAACUUGUGGAUGCCCUUAAGACUGUUAGCUGGAGCGCUCCAAGGCCUCUAUCCGAGUUCUUUCGAACUUUCUCACCGCCGAAGAGGAGCCUGUCUGGUCGCUUGAAGAACAACCUAUACUACUACCGGACGAACUACCUGGUCGUGUUGAUUUUAUCCUUCGUAAUAUGCUUCUUCCGCAACCCCUUAGCCUUGGCUUCUCUGCUGCUGUUGGGGCUGGGCUUCAGCUGCCUCAAUGACCCCUUCGCAAUCUCUCUUAAUGACACGCUGCUGCACUGGCUUCGCAAGAGCGCCCCCCGGCUGGUGGCGCGGGCGCGCGCAAAGGCUGGAACCGAUGGUGUUGUAGGCAUGCACAAGCGCAAGCGGGUGUACAUCCUGCUGCUGCCGCGGGGGCUGGUGGUGCUGCUGGCGGCGGGCGGGGGGCUGGCGCUGCUGUACUGCAGCCGCGCGCUGGUCACACUGGCGUGGGCGUUGCUGCUAGGUCUAGGUCUGCCGCUGCUGCACGCCACCUUCCGGCUGCCCAACCUGAAGGCCAAGAUCGCCUCCGCGCGGGAGGAGUUCCGAGCCGUGUGGCGCGGCUACCAGGCGGAGCUGUACGACCACACUCACAGCAUGUGAAGAGCAGCAGCGGGUGCCGCAGCGCACCACCGCAUGUACGGCAGCAGCAUGCGGGACAGGGCGGCGAGGCGCGGGCUUGUUGCGCUGGUGGGAGGCAGCCUGGAGCCAUCAGGCCCCUGCCUGCAAGGCGGCCCUCUGCGAGGGGGACCUCCAUGUAAAGUGUGCUGCCCUGCUUGGCUUGACGCCCCAGCCACCGCCGCCGCCCCAACCCAUGUUGGCGCCCCAGCCACUGUACGGCACCAAAAGGAGGCGUCCCACCGCCAACUUGCUCGCUGGUCCGGAAGGCUUCCAGGCGGUCCGCCAGCAGCAGCAGGAUGGGGAAAGAGAGCAGGAUAACGGCGCCGCACACGGCCCCAGCAGCCGCGUAUUGCUGCUGCCGCUGCAGCAACUCGGCUCUAGCUGGGGAGGAGGUGGUGGACCGUCCCGGGUGGGGGUCAUGAUUCAGCUGGGCGGGACCUCCUGCAGCACUGCUGCUGCUGUUGCUGCCGCAUGAAAAUCCUGCUUGGGAGGAGGGCUGCUCCGUGGUGAUCGUGGGUUUGUUGUGUCUUGAGGCCGUUGACCUCCACCCGAGGUGCGAGACGAGGUAAGGAGGAGUGCGGGGAUAGUCAGGCGAAGCGAGGUGGAGUGUAGUGGUGAGUCACGCAUUCGUGACGGGUGGACGAUGUGGGAAAUGGAGCAAAGCCGUGUUUACUGCAGGAUGCGGUACAUUUGGAGGUGGUGGAAGGGGGCAGGCUGUGGUGGCGCCGAGCAAAUUAUGGAGCGACUCUCUGCUGUCACCGAGGCCCGGGGAAGGCGGAGGUUGGAAGAGGGCUGCUUGUGGCUCAGGACUGCUGGGAGACGCGGACUGUAAAACAUGCUGAUGC